UCUCUCUCUCUCUCUCUCUAUAUAUAUAUAAGGCUAAUCAAAUAAGAAACAAAUGUUUUAGUCGUGUAGAGAAGAGCAACGACAAAAUUCGUUCCAUCAGAUCGAGGAGCAGCGAUGGCCGCGGCGGCGAAUUCGCCGGCGAUGGCGAUGCGGUGCGUCUUCGACGGGUGCAUCGCCGCGGCCGACACGGAGGUGCAGCGCCGCCCGUACCACCGCAACUGCGGCUGCGCCCUCCACCGCAGCGGCGGCGGCUGCGGCGCCGCGUGUAGCUCACGCCUCUCGUACGCCACCGCCGUAGAGAAGCGGUCUCAGUACUGUAAGGAGGCUUCGGUUGUAGCUACUCUUUCCGCGCCCUUUGGUGAUUUGGUGGAGAUAAAAGGAGAUCGAAUCUCAAAGCACAAGGGGGAGGUUUUUUUGGAGAUUGGCUCUAUGUAAUUAUUAUAUGAUUAUAGUUAUAAUUAUGACAAUAAUCAUAAUUGGUUGGUUUUGAUGAGACAAUUAAUGCAUUUGCAUGGAAUGUAUUUUUGUUUUUUAUUUUUUAUUUUUUUUCUUACAGAACUAAACUGUAAUAUGAUUAGCUAAAAUACGGUGAAAUUAUAUUUACAUGUUA